ACAUAAAAGCCAAGUGCAUGCUACCAGCAGCAGAUCAGAGCACUUUCUCAGUCCUCCACUGUUUUGAGCCAGUGAUCUUCUCUCCUUGGAUCUUGUGUACUCAAGAAAAGAAAAUGCAGAUUGUCAGAAUCCUUCAAAUUUGAUACUCGGCAUUGUUACGAUCUCUUCAUUACUGGAUGUUGAGCCUGGAUAUCAGAAUUGGUAUAGUGAAGUACUCUCCUAUUAAAUUGAGCUUUCUUUUCCCCCUAGGGACCAACUUAAAAUCAACUAAGUAACACCAGGCCUAACACAAUCAGAAAAUCUAGGUCUCUUAGAGUGAAAAGGAACCAACCUGUCCUUCUUCUGCCCUGUCCUGAAAUCUUAAUGUGAUGGCCGCGCUGCUCUUCCCUCUGCAGCUGCUGGCAGUGGCUGUCACUGUUUACCUAGAGCUGGUGAGGUCUGCUCAAGGUGGUGCCUACUAUGGAAUCAAGCAGCUGCCACCUCAGGUGCCCCAGUACCAACCCCUCGGACAACAAGUACCUCACAUUCCGCUGGGCAAAGAAGGCAUCCCGAUGCAGCACCUGGGCAAGGAGAUGCCCCACAUGCAGUAUGGGAAGGAGUACCCCCAUCUGCCUCAGUACAGGAAGGAGGUCCCACAGAUGCCCAUGCUUGGCAAGGAUAUGGCUCCCAAGAAAGAGAAAGAAAUUCCCAUGCGCAGUCUGAGGGGUGAGCAAGGCCCCCCUGGUGAGCCUGGACCAAGAGGGCCACCAGGGCCACCAGGAUUACCAGGUCAUGGUGUGCCAGGAGCCAAAGGAAAACCAGGCCCACAAGGAUACCCAGGAAUUGGAAAGCCGGGUUUGCCAGGGAUGCCAGGAAAACCAGGGGUCAUGGGGCCCCCAGGGCCAAGAGGGGAGAUGGGGCCCAAGGGGGAGAUUGGGCCCAUGGGGAUACCCGGACCGCAAGGACCACCAGGGCCUCAUGGGCUUCCUGGCAUAGGGAAGGCGGGUCCUCCAGGGCUGCAGGGACAGCCAGGGCCAAAGGGUGAGCCUGGGAUGAAGGGGCCACCAGGAAUCCCUGGGAUCCCAGGGCCAAAAGGGGAGAAGGGGGUUGGGAUCCCGGGUUUGCCAGGUCUGAAGGGUCCACCUGGGCUGCCUGGUCCCCCUGGUCCCGUGGGGCUGCCGGGGGUCGGCAAACCAGGCAUGGUUGGCUUCCCUGGCCCACAGGGACCCCUGGGCAAACCUGGACCCCCAGGAGAGUUAGGGCUCCAGGGGCCUCCAGGGGCCCCCGGGAUCCAAGGCCCUCCCGGCCCACCUGGCAUUGGCAAACCAGGCCAGGAUGGCAUACCUGGCCAGCCGGGCUUCCCGGGUGGCAAAGGGGAGCAGGGAUUGCCAGGCCUGCCCGGGCCCCCUGGUCUCCCUGGAGUUGGGAAGCCAGGCUUCCCUGGGCCCAAAGGGGAGCGAGGUGUGGGUGGUCUGCCUGGCCCCCUGGGGCCAAAGGGGGAGAAGGGGCAUGCGGGGCCACCUGGCAUGGGAGGGCCACCAGGGGAGCCAGGCCAGCCAGGACUGCCAGGCAUCAUGGGCCCUCCAGGGGCUGCUGGUUUCCCAGGACCUAAAGGAGAGGGGGGUGCUGUAGGGCCACCAGGACCAGUCGGCCCCAAGGGAGAACCUGGCCUGCAGGGUUUUCCAGGAAAGCCAGGCUUUCCUGGGGAAGUGGGUGGCCCUGGGCUGCGGGGGCUGCCAGGCCCCACAGGACCCAAAGGAGAAGCCGGACACAAAGGCUUGCCGGGGCUGCCGGGUGUCCCAGGGCUUGUGGGGCCAAAGGGUGAGCCCGGGCUCCCCGGUGCUCAGGGGCUUCAGGGCCCCUCGGGCAUCCCAGGCAUCGCGGGACCCAGUGGUCCCAUCGGCCCCCCCGGGCUGCCAGGGGCGAAGGGCGAGCCAGGCAUGCCCGGCCCCCCUGGCUUCCCUGGGGUAGGCAAACCUGGUGCUGCGGGGCUGCAGGGACCCCCGGGAAAACCUGGGGCGCUCGGUCCGCCUGGUCAGCCGGGGCUCCAGGGGCCACCGGGCCCCCCCGGGCCCCCAGGUCCACCAGUCGUCAUCCCACCCACUCCACCAGCCGUGGGACAGUACCUGCCUGAGGUGGGGCCAGGGAUCGAGGGCUUGAAGCCCCCCUACAGCUACAAGGGCAAGAAAGGCAAGGCUGGUGGCAUUGUCUACGAGAUGCCCGCGUUCACGGCAGAGCUCCUCACCCCCUUCCCCCGCGUCGGGGUGCCUGUGAAGUUCGACAAGCUCCUGUACAACGGCCGGCAGAACUACAACCCCCAGACGGGGAUCUUCACCUGCGAGAUCCCCGGCGUCUACUACUUCGCCUACCACGUCCACUGUAAAGGCGCCAACGUGUGGGUGGCCCUGUACAAGAACAACGAGCCGCUCAUGUACACCUACGACGAGUACAAGAAGGGCUUCCUGGACCAGGCUUCGGGCAGUGCCGUGGUGCAGCUGAUGCAUGGAGACAAGGUUUACGUUCAGAUGCCAUCCGAGCAGGCGGCAGGACUCUAUGCCGGGCAGUACGUUCAUUCGUCUUUUUCAGGAUAUUUAUUGUAUCCCAUGUAAAACAAAACAAACAGA